CGUCAAUGUAAAGUCAAAAUUGUCAAAGUCACGUAAUCGGUGGCAAUAUGACGGAUAUUCUGCCUAAAGUAACGUGCACUUAUUGUCAGGAGGAAGUAAACGGGGUGCGGGUUCAAUGUUGCGAGUGUCCCGAAUUCGAUAUUUGCUUGCAGUGUUUUGCUGCUGGGGCCGAAAUAGGACCACACAAAAAUGAUCAUUCGUAUAAAUUUGUGGAUCAAGGCUCCGUUAGUAUAUUUAAUGGUCGAGGAAACUGGACUGGAAGAGAACACCUAAGAUUAUUGGAAGCUGCAGAACUGUAUUCUUAUACCAAUUGGGAAUUAGUUGCUGAACAUGUGGAAACCAAAACUGCAGAAGAAUGCCGAGAAGAAUACACAGCAAGAUACUUAGAUGGCAAUAUAGGCAAAGCCAUGUGGGCAAACAUACAAAAACCAAACCUGUUCAUAGAUUUGGUGGAGGACGAUGGUCCUCUUUCACAGGCCUCGUUGGCCAAACUGGCCCCACUGGAUGCCACACACGAGGAGGCCAAAAUGUUAGGAUAUAAACCUCACAGAGAUGAUUUCGAAAGAGAAUAUGAUCCGGCUGCAGAACAAUUAGUGGCCGACCUCCAACUGGACGAACACGACGAGACCGAGUUGGAAAAAGCGUUAAAACUGGCCGUGGUCGAUAUGUACGUACGGCGCUUAAGAGAGAGACAGAGGAGAAAAAGAAUCGUGCGAGAUUAUCAGCUGGUGGCCAAAUAUUUUGAUAAUCUCCGGAGGGAUCCUUCACAGCCACUUUACGCCAAAGAUCAAAAGGAACUUAGGGACCAUUUUAAGGUGUUCACCCAAUUCCUUAAUUCCGGGGAACACGACCGUUUAAUAGCGAGCAUCGAAAGGGAAAGGGAGCUGAGACAUCGACUCUCCGAGUUAAAACGGUAUCGCGGCCUAGGACUCACGACUCAAGAAGAAAUCGUGCAUUACGAGCAACACGCCGCCUUUCAGAGGCAACAAAUAAGACAAGGAAAAGCUGGCAGCAGUGGGUCGGCAGCCCCUCUUCACCAGCGGCCCAGUCUUUAUUUAACGUCCGAAGAAGGCGACGUCGCACCGGUCUCAAGUUCCACCGCAGAAAGAACCACGUGGCAGUACGGAAGCGAUUCCGGGUACGACAACGAGGGGUCGGCGGACGACGAAGCGAUGGGAUCACCAGGGGCGACGUCGCUGCCGAGGGACCCCUCGUCGACGACGACGCCGACGCCGAUUUUGGAGACGACGUCGAGUCCGACGAGGACGACGGUACCGUCGCCGACGAGGAGUAACAGCGGCGCGGAGGAACUCGAGGGGCUGGAGGGCAGAGAUCCAAGGUUAGAACCGAUGGGUCGGUGGUUGAGUGAAGGCGAAACGCAGUUGUGCACCAUCUUGGACAUCACCCCAGUUACCUACGUCACAAUGAAAUCGCUCAUUAUUCAGGACAAUUUACUAAACCCAGAAAAAUAUCAAGAAUCAGUAAAACCGGACCAGGACGAAUCCGAAUGUUGUUCAGCCAAAGAUGAAUUAACGAAAUUCCUAAGGUUGAACGGUUGGUUACCGAGGGUCUCGACCAACUUGUCCUCGAAACAAGAGGAAGAUGAAACCGAUGAAUUAGAGGAUCAGGAUACGUUAGAAAUUUCUUCUGAGUCUAGUACCGAUAACGAUAUUAACUUUUUGGAGUCCGGCGAUUAUUACUCCGCCCCCGAUUUCAGCCCUUCGGAGCUCAAUAGUUUUAGUCCGGAUUACGGAGAUUUUCCUAGUUUUAAUGUGGAGUGUGAUAGCAGGUUCAAUUUAUCGUAAGGAAUUUAUAGUACAUAAUAUAUUAAAAAUUGUUUUUCGUCCCUCA